CUGAGCAUCGCAGGUUUUCCCGUGGUAGUUUCUUGUGGUGGUGGGAGGAGCAGGAAAAGUCGCCAGUGUUAUUUCUGCCACGUAUAGUUUUGGGGGGGCAUGAAGAUAGGAAGGUGUACGGAGGGUGUUGAGAUGUCCUGAGCUGACGUGAAAGAAACAGCUGUGCCGGCUGAAGGUGUUAUGAGACCUACUGAAGUGGGUGGGGAUUUUCAGUAGGAAAAACUGGGUUGUGCGUGGUCUUUCCUUUGCCUGGUUCUCUUGCUUGGAGAAGGCAGCGUUGCCUUGACGUUCCGGAGAAUGUUAUUUUUCAAAAGCGCGGUCAGAAUCCGGCUCUCUCCUCUGCACCCCAAUGGAGAAAAUGGACGCUGUUUCACCAUAAAGAGGUAAUGGCAGCAGAUCAGAUAUCAGCAGCUUCCCUCAUUGACAGGACCAAGGUGGUCUGGGCCUGGGGACUCCUUAAUAUAUCUGUUGCAGGGAUGAUAUACACUGACAUGACUGGAAAACUUCUAAGCUCGUAUUACAACAUCACAUACUGGCCACUCUGGUAUAUUGAACUUGCACUUGCAUCCCUGUUCAGCCUCAAUGCCUUAUUUGAUUUUUGGAUGUACUUCAAAUACACAAUGGCACCAACGACCUUGGUCAUGACUCAUAGACAGCAGAUCCUUCUAGGGAUGGAGAAUGCAGCGGUACAAAUAACUCCACCGCAUGAGCUGGCAGCGAAGAAAGUCCCUUCUUCUACACCUUCUCCUACAAUCCAGGGUCAAAGUGUGCUCAGUUACAGCCCGUCCCGCUCCCCCAGGGCCAGUCCAAAGUUUGCUUCUGGUUGUAUCGCAGGGUACAGCCCUCAGCUACAGGCCCUGUCAAGCAACAGUGCUUCUUACAGCAGUGCUUUAACCUAUUCGCCAAAUAGCAGCUACAGUAAGCUUUCCAGCUUCAGCCCCUCUCCUAGUGGUUCACCAUAUCCUGCAAGUGUUGGACCCGUGGAAAGCAGCGGGCUCCGCUCUCGUUAUCUCUCUUCACCAAUUCUGUAUAAUUCCCGUAUUGGCCAAGAAGACGAAAUCACAGACCUUAAGUCACUGCAAAAGUACCUUCGAAGUGAAGAGGAGAAACAGCAUAGGCUUCAGUUGGGGAGUUCAGAUUCCAGCUCUCCUUCCAGCAGCCCAACUUUUUGGAACUACAGCCGUUCCAUAGUAGAGCAAGCACAGGUGCUGAGAAAGUUCCAGUAUCAGCUGUCUUGCAGGUCCCAGGCUCCAUCAGCGCACAAGGACGAAGCUCACCUGAGCUCUCCACAGGCUGCAGAAGAAGUUUGGGCAAGGGUGAUUGUGAAUCGACGACAGCUUGACCACAUGGACUCCUGGACCGCUAGGUUCAGAAGUUGGAUUAAUGAGACAAUUUUAGUGCCACUCGUGCAAGAGAUUGAGUCUGUGAGCACUCAGCUGAGAAGAAUGGGGUACCCAGAAAUGCAGAUUGGAGAAGCCAGCAUCAGCAGUCUGAAACAGGCAGCGCUUGUUAAAGCUCCACUGAUUCCGACUCUGAACGCUAUAGUGCAGUAUUUGGAUAUUACACCGAACCAAGAGUAUUUGGUUGAAAGGAUCAAAGAGCUUUCUCAGGGAGGAUGCAUGAGCUCAUUCCGAUGGAACAGAGGAGGAGAUUUCAAAGGCCGUAAGUGGGACGCUGACUUGCCCACUGACUGCGCUAUCCUUAUGCACAUAUUCUGCACUUACCUCGACUCCAGGCUGCCACCAAGCCCCAAAUAUCCUGAUGGCAAAACCUUCACUUCCCAGCACUUCAUUCAAACACCAGAUAAACCAGACAUUACAAAUGAAAACGUGUUUUGCAUCUACCAAAGCAACAUCAAUCCACCCCACUAUGAGCUUAUCUACCACCGCCACGUCUACAAUCUGCCCCAGGGCAGAAACAACAUGUUCCAUACAUUGCUUAUGUUUCUGUACAUCAUAAAGACAAAGGAAUCUGGGAUGCUUGGGCGUGUAAAUCUUGGUAUAUCAGGAGUCAACGUUCUAUGGAUUUUUGGAGAAUAACAUCUCUAGCAGGACUCCAGCUCGGAAAAAGAAUGAUCCUGCUUCUCUGAAAAGAUGAUCUGAGCAGCAUCAUUAACACUUGUUGCCUUGAAUAUGGACUGUAUGAAAAGGGGUAAUUUAAACUCUGCUUUGUGGACAGAGGGGAAACGUUUUUAAUUCCUGUACAGUUUUUGAGAGGAUACUCAAAAAGUUGCACUGUUUUUUCACUGUUGAAAUGCAUCUAAAUAUGAACUUCAGGCAAAUCUUC